CCUCUUUUCAUCAGUAGCCAAAAUCUUUGAAUUCUUCACAGUAAGUAGUUGCCUUAAUUUUGUCUAUACCACUGUGUAUAUCACUCCGAUUCCUUUGUCGCAUUUGAUACACUAAUUUAAAAGUUCAGUUUAACUUAGAGAUAAAUGUGAAAAGUAAUUUUAAAAAUAUGAUUUCUCAAGACAUUUCUGGUUGGUUGCAUUUGGAUUGAAACACUCUCUCUUGGCAUUUGCUGAGCAGCGUGGAGGGUGUUAGUGUCCGGAGGUUCCGCCCUGGAUGCCGUGGAGACGGGCUGUGCGGUGUGUGAGCGGGAGCAGUGUGACGGCACCGUGGGCUUUGGAGGAAGCCCGGAUGAGUUUGGGGAAACCACGCUGGACGCCAUGAUCAUGGACGGCACCACCAUGAAUGUAGGAGCAGUAGGCGACCUUAGACGAAUUAAAAACGCUAUCGGCGUGGCACGGAAAGUCCUGGAACACACCACACACACACUUUUAGCGGGAGAGUCAGCCACCAAGUUUGCGGAGAGUAUGGGCUUUGUCAACGAGGAUUUGUCUACCGAUACUUCUCGAGCGUUGCAUGCAGAUUGGCUUGCUCGGAAUUGCCAGCCCAAUUAUUGGAGGAAUGUUAUCCCAGAUGCUUCAAAAUACUGUGGACCUUACAAGCCACCCAGUAUCUUAAAGCAGGAUGAUUCUGCUUAUGGAGAGACAGGAGCUCAUUAUGGUCAUGACACUAUCGGCAUGGUUGCAAUCCAUAAGACGGGACACACUGCUGCCGGUACAUCUACUAAUGGUAUAAAAUUCAAAAUACAUGGUCGAAUCGGAGAUUCUCCAAUUCCCGGAGCCGGCGCCUAUGCUGACGACACUGCCGGGGCUGCCGCGGCCACUGGGGAUGGGGACAUCCUGAUGCGCUUCCUGCCCAGCUACCAAGCUGUCGAAUACAUGAGAGGAGGAGAAAGUCCCACCACAGCUUGCCAGAAAGUGAUUUCAAGAAUCCAGAAGUAUUUUCCAAAGUUCUUUGGGGCUGUCAUAUGUGCCAAUGUGACUGGAAGUUAUGGUGCUGCUUGCAAUAAACUGCCAGGGUUCACUCAGUUUAGGUUCAUGGUUUAUAAUUCUCUCACGGAGCAGCCCGUGGAGGAGAAAGUGGACUGCAUCUGAGCCACUUCUGUGUCAGCAUCUGGAUUUGGAGGAGAGAGAAGCAAAGGCCGGAAGGUGGCUCGCCGUCGCUGCGCAGUGGGCGCCUGUUCUAAGUUCUCUGUAAAAUAAGCACCAAAAUAAAUGUUUGCUGAAGCAGCCCCUUCGCUGUCCACGUG